AUGACCGUUUUGGACCAGCUACCGGAUGUUGAUUCGUUUUUUGGAGUUGAUUUAAAAACGGGUUCGAUGGUUGUGGCUUCCAUUGGUAUAAUUCACCCAACGUCAUUCGGAUGUACGUUCUUCUUACCCCUGAGCUAUCUACUGGUCACAAUAUGGAUAAUGGUUGCAUUGUUUUUUGCUGCAAGCGUCGUUUUGUUUUGUGGUGUUUAUAAGGAUGACAGUUUUCUCUGCGCUAUUUGGAUAUGGUAUGCGGUGGUGUUCGCGGUAGUAAUGCUGAUCAUGAUGGUGCUAUUAGCCCUAGUCUUCACGUCCAGAAAGCAAAGGACUCGGGUGCUCGUCGCUAUAACUGGAAUGCUUUGGUACAUUUUAACUAUAUACUUCGUUUUGGUAGUGAACAGCCAUCGAAAACGACUUCAAAAAUCAAUUUAA